AUGGCAACACAAACGGCAGCAAACGGUACUGGUGAAGUCAGAUUAAGAGAAAAGAAGGUACCCACAUCGUCAAAACAAAACGGUACUGCUCGAAGUAGUGACAUCAUGUCAUUAUCAGCAUCAACUACUGAAUCAACACCUCUCGAGACGUCUACCGAUGAAACAUCGACAUCAGCUGCACCGCGAGCAUCAACUUUCGAACAAGCAUUUUUCUUUGGUUUAAGUAUCGAUGAUGCAAUUAAUUCAACCGAAAACAUCUUGGAACUGUUCUAUAAUGCAUGCAAAUAUAAUCAUGUCGAUCUUGUUAAACGAUGUGUUGACGAAAAACGUGCUAAUAUCAACGAACCAUUCAAUAAUGAUUAUCCAUUGUGCAUUGCUUGUCACAAAGGUCACAGUGAAGUUGUUCGUUAUUUAUUAGCACAUGGUGCUGAUGUACAUGUCAAACGUGAAUUGAAUCUAUUAUCUACACGUGGUAAUCAUCGACUAUCGCGAGCGAAUUUAACCUAUGGCGAUAGUCCACUUUCCCUAGCAGUUAAAUAUGGGUUCGAAGAUAUAGCGAUUGAACUUGUCGAACAUGGCAGUGAAAUCUUGAAUGAAAACAAUGAUUUCGAAAAGUCUCCUCUGCAAGAUUCAAUUCGGCUGAAUCGCACACGAAUAUUUGAAGUUUUCAUCAAUAAAUUGAAACGAACAAAACUUCCGAACAUGAACGAAACAUUAUUGUCACAAAAGAAAGGCGAUAUUCUUCGUCAAUGUUUAAUUAACGAUCAAGUUGAUGCAUUACGCAUAUUCGUGCCAAACAUUUGGGAAGAACUAAACAGUGAUUUUAUGUUCACUGUUUUGAAUAAUUUAAUGUUAAAGAAUAAAAUACAAUCCGAUAAAGCAUUUGACGUUCUUGAAACGAUCUUGGAAGCAAUACCAUCUGCAAAACUGAAAAUGUACGAUAUCGGUGAUUUACUUAAACGGUUUUUAUACAUUUUACAAGCACAAUUCAUUACGAUCAAUGAUGAUAGAAUCCAAAUACUUUAUCUGCGUACAUCGUUGUUAUUCACCAUACUGAAAUAUCACGAAACCGUUGAUUUUACCAAAUAUUUAGAACUCUUAGAUUCAUAUUUCCGUGCGAUCUAUGACAGUGUCGAGAAUGCAGGUGAGGGUGUCAAUCAGAUCUACGAGUAUAUCGUUCGUUUCUAUGAAAAUCUGAUUUUGAUGGGCCAUCUGAUUCUAACAAACAAUUCGGUUAUACUUAAACUACUCGAAUGUGAGCACGUUCAACGUAUGCAACCGAUCGAUAUGUAUCUGUCAUGGCGCGCACGUAAUCCAUUUCUAUUGAAAGAGAAAUGCCGUCUUAUGAUUAAAACUAUUCUUCCAUCUUACAAACGCGCAAUUAUAGAAAAACUCAAUAUUCACGAAGAUACAUUUGCUUAUUUAUAUUAUCAACGAUAG